AUGGAGACACCGGGAGAGGGCCGGGAGGCGAAGGCCAUUGGAAAGCAGUUCGAGAAAUUGGCCAAUCAGUGGAAUCAAAGACAUUGUGAUCAUGAAAGCAAGAAAUCAUUGGAAAACAUUGAGAAGUAUAGCGAAGAGCAGCUGAAGAUCGCGUUUGAGAACCAAUUGACGGCAACGGCCGACGGCACAAUACGCACACCAUUUGGCUCAGGGAUGGGUUAUCUGAACCUCUACUCGUUGACGGCGUUCAGUCAGGCGGUGGCCGACAUAUACCCCUCGUCACAGGGGCUCAUAGCGUGCAAUGACUGGCAUAUGUUGGGCUCAAACAAAAAUAUAGCAACGGUUGCGGGCAAUGUUAGCCACCUGUGCCGCUACCUCGACGAACCCGUACCCCUGCCAUACCUGGCGUACAUCGUGUCCAUCGGUGACUAUAAGUUUGGUAUUUACCUGAAUUAUAUCGACGAAAGAGAGUGUGAUAUAUCGGUUGUCAAUGAGUUUGGGACCAAAGAAACAGUAGAUGUGCUGCGAAUCGUCGACUAUAAAACUGAGGCGAGAUAUGGGGUCCGGGCUUUGGACCCGAACUUUGUGGAC